UCCAUAUAUCAGUAUGUUCUGCAGGGGAGAUAGCAAAACCCUUCAAGCUGAGUGGAAAACCUGCCUAGGUACGCACACUUCAUCACAAGAAGACCAAGAGAUUUGAGUUCCUGAGUCACCAACAAAUCAACAUGUUCCGCACAAACCCGGACAGUUGUGAGAAGAGCAGUGUCAGAGCCUCUGCUACCAUCUUAGGAGGCUGCUAAAUGUUGUCUUCAGAUGCUAUAUCCUUCAACAAGGCUACAGCUGCGCAAUUGAGAGCGUCUUGACGGGCUGAGUUGCUGUCAAGACAACCACACCAGCCUUGAUCUGAAGACGCCUCCGAGCGUUCAUCUCCAGGGCCACAGCAAAAAGUGAUGGCGGAUGGAGAGCUUUGUCUGAUCGAUAAAAACAUAUCGAGUUUGCGGGAGAUCCCAUUGAAUGCCAGUGUCACGUCUCUGAAUCUGCAUUGUAAUCGUGUACGGAAAGUCGAGGGCUUGACUAACGCCUGGCAUCUCCGACACCUGGAUCUGUCGUCAAACCAUAUCUCUCGGAUUGAGGGACUUGGCUCUUUACAGUCGCUGAGAACCCUGAACUUGUCGUGCAACUUGAUCACAAAAGUCGAAGGACUGAAUGGGCUUGUCAACCUGAUACGAUUAAACCUGUCCUAUAAUCAGAUAAGUGACCUCACAGGCCUGCUGUACCUCCAUGGGGAGGAGUACAAACUGAGACACCUCCAUCUCCAUAGCAACCGCUUGGACAACAUCAACCAGCUGCUGCAGUGCAUGGUGGGACUGCAGAGUCUGAGGGAUGUCACCCUAAGCUUGGAUGGAAAAGGCAAUCCAGUCUGCAGUUUGCCAGGUUACAGGGAGAUGGUGCUCCAGUCCUUACCCCAGGUCUCCAGGCUGGACAGGGUGGACAGACUGGGGAACGCUGCUGCUUCAGGGGAGGACAGUCCCAUGGACAUCCCUGGGCUGGAGGACUACCUGGACCUCCUGCUCUCCUCGGACGUCAGCGCCAGCGAACUGGCCAGAGGGAACGGCCUACCUGUUGCUACUCCACGAAUUGACGAGGUGCUGAGCCAGUUCCGCCACAAGUCCGGAGGACCAGCGGAUGCCCCAGACCCAGCCGGGUCAACGCAGGCACCCCAAAGUUCACAGCCAGGUCAGGCCCCCGUGGACAACGAACACCGCAUCCAGAAACUGGAGCACCAGGUGUCACGGCUCUUCCGGCAGACUCCUGCAGGGGAGGUCUCCAGCAGCCCGGCCACCUCCUUGGGGCCUGAGGUACGGAGGCCCAAGAGGGACACAGACAACACAUCAGAGAGUGAGUGUGACGGCGUGAAGGAGAACCGGCGACGGUCCCGGAUCCCGACCCAGUCCAAGAGCGGCAGGAGUACUGCAGUGAAGAGGACGAUCAACCCCAAGCAGCCUGUCAAGACCAGACAGGGAGACAGGGCCAGGGAACGGUUCCCUUCUGUCUGCAGCGAUGGCGAGAGGCGCACGGGGAGGGCGUGUUCCGGGGUGCCUGGGAGGAAGACCUCUGACCCAGUGGGUCCGGGCGGGAAGACGGUCAGCAGCACCAGACAACCGGUGGAGGAGGAGCAGACCUACCGGGCAAUCGUGGAGGAGCGGGACCAGGAGAGGGAGCGGCGAUGGAAGGCGGAGCAGGCUGUGAGGAAACUGACAGAGCAGAUGAAGAGCCUGCAGACCCAGGCCAGCCAGGAGAAAGACCUGCAGAGCCUGGCCCUGCACACGACCGACAGGCUGAAGGAGCUGUUGCUGAAGGAGCGUUCUGAGCGCUCCAGUCUGCAGGCCCGUGUGGAGGUGCUGGAGCAGAGGUGUCAAAGUGCCACGCUGCAACUGGAGCAGGCCCUGCAGCGGGAGGAGCAACACAGGAGGGCCCUGCACAGCCUGGAGGAGAGCCGGACCCGCAGUGAGGAGGUCAGGGCCCAGCAGCAGGCCGAGGAGGUGAAGAGGAGUCAGGAGCUGGAGAACAAAGCGUCGGCCCUGAAGAGGGAGCUGGACAUCCAGAGGUCCUCGCUGAGGCAGCAUAAAGACAAGCUGAGGCAGCUCCACGAACUGCUGGCCUCCAGGGAACAAGUUCACCGCAAGGAGCUGGAGGGUCGUCUGGUACCGGGCGGGGCAGAGUUCCGGGAGGCGGUGGCUAGGGAGGUGGCCGGCGUGGAGCAGAGACACGCCCGGAGCAGAGCUGAGCUGGAGGAACGACUGUCCCAGGCCGCCAAGCAGUACAGCUCCCUGGAGGAGGAGUUCCGCAUGGCCCUCACCAUCGAGGCGGCCCGUUUCACCGAGGUGGAGCAGAGCUGUCAGCGGCUGAGUGCAGAGCUGCCUGAGGUGAAAACCGCCCUGUCUCAGACCCAACACAGGGAGAGAAAGGCUGCCAGCCUGGUGCAGGAGCUCACCGCCAUGGUCAAGGAGCAGAAGAGCCACAUCUCGGACCUCAGCAAAGCCAAGCGAGACGCCGUCGCUGAGCUCAAGGAGCGCCUGCGUUCUCUGGAGGCGGGGGAGGAGGAGAACCGGCGACUGCAGCUGCAGUUGGAGCUGCUGAAGAAGGACAAGGCCCGGCUGCUGUCCCAGCUCACUGCCCAGGAGUCUGUCGUGGACGGCCUCAGAGCUGAGAGGAGGAUCUGGGGACAGGAGCUGGCUCAACAAGGCGCGUCUCUGUCUCAGGAUCGGGGUCGCCUGGAGGCGAGGAUCGAGGUUCUGGCUGCUGAACUGGAGAGUCAGAAGAAACAGAACGAGAGAGACAACGAUUCCCUGAAGAUCAAAGUGAAGAUCAUCGACGACCAGACAGAGACCAUUCGUAAACUCAAAGAGGGCUUACAGGAACGUGACGAGCAGGGCCGGAGACAGCGCGAGGAGAACCUGCAGGCCCAGCGCCGGCUGCAGUGCCAGCUGGAGGAGGAGUCGGCCACGGCCCAGGACCUGAGGGACACGGUGGAGCAGCUCACCCUCCGCAAGGAGCAGCUCAAACAGCAGCUGGACAACAAGGAGACGGAGCUGGACCAGGUCCGAGAGGCCCACAGUGCAUCCAAUAAAAAGUGGCAAUCAAAGGCUGAGCUGUUGACCCGGCUGGAGAGCCAGGUGAAAAGCAUGAAGGAAGGUUUCGACUCCAGAGAGAGCCUGCUGCUGGAGGAGAGAGACAAGGCCAUGCAGGCACACAAAGCGGCGGUGGAACAGCUUCACAAUGUGGAUGACGCGUUUCGGAGACAGCUCGAGUCCCUACAGGCAUCCCAUCAGGCUGACCUGCUACGUCUGGCCAAUGACAAGCAGAAACAGAUUGAUCAGGCCACUCAGAAGGUGUUUCAGGUGGAAGAAGAGAUGCGUCAGCUCCUAGAGGAGACCGAGACAGAGAAGAGAACCAUGGAGGAGAAGAUGAGACGGCUUACUAGUGUAUUGAAAGACUUUUAAGUACAGCUGGUGGCACAUAAUUUAGUCACUUCAUGUCAUGUCUUUUACCUGUUAGCUGAUGAAAGCAUUUCUUGAUUACUGAGAAAUGUGAAAAAUUGUUCACAUACUUUUUUUAAACGAUGGACGGCUUUUGGACUUUUAUGGUUCAGCCAUAUGUUCGGCCAGAUGUAGUGUAAAUAUUUUUAUUGAUUGCCAAAUAUAAAUUUGUAU